GUUAUUUGCUAUAAAAGCUUCACUUCAGCAGGAGCCGCACCGAAAAGACGAGGAAGAGGAGAAGCGUCUUCAUCGGAGGAGGAAUGAGGUGAGAGAAGAAGUGUGGAUGUAAGAAUCAAAGUGCUGGAGAAGAAGAAGAAGAAGAAAAAGACGCACACGGUGGAGUGGGAGGAAAAACGCAACUCAGCCUGGUUUAUCUCGAUGAUGCCGAGGAUCCAGUUUCUGCUUCGGAUUCACGUCCAGCACAAGAGUGAAGCCAGAGGAUGACAGCAGCCAGUCCAGUCUGCAGCCCCGCCUCCUCCCACUCCUCACCUGCCUGCCUCCCAGCAUGCCACAGGCACCUGAUGACAGGCAAGGCCCUCCAGACCAAGCUGCCCCUGCGCUCCGCCCCCGGCGUGUGGCUUCUCCUGGGCGUAGUGGUGGUCCUGGUGGGCAUGAGCGUGGCAGUGGCGGGCUACGUGUCUGCGGCACCGAAGCCCGUGGGAGGCCGCGGCAGCACCCACGCAGAGAGGAUGAAACUGACAGGGCCUGUGGUCAUGGGAGUGGGCCUGUUCAUCUUCAUCUGUGCUGCCACGCUGCUGUACGAGAACCGGGACCGGGAAAUCCUCAAAUACGAGACGUCUGACGACCUCGAGGACCUGAAGGGAGGGUACGGCUGGGAGGACUCGCAGGAGCAGCCCAGCUUCGGCUGCCCGGAGCAGUGGGAGUGUAAAGACGAAGAGCAGGGAUCCUGGGCUGUUCCAGCCCACACACUCCCACUAUCAAACCAGAGCUGGGGGCCUCCUCUUCCUCCUGCUCUGCCUCGCACGAACAGACACAACGUCAGCAGUUGCACGACAUCUCCAGGUGCAGGAGGUGGAAGUAAAGACAAGAUGGACAGACAGGCAGGGGAGGAGGAGGAGGGAGGGUCAACCCUGCUGGCCCGAGUCUUGCACCACCAGGAACCAGCUCCUCACCCAUCGUCCCCCUGCCUGUCCGUGUCCCAUUCCUCCGUCUGCUCGGACUCCUGCAACUCCAGUGAGAUCCACUUCAACAUACGGACAGACACUCCUCUGCCGCAUCAACACUGAACCCCCCCCACCUCUGGUUCAGCUUCUACUGUCUCAUGAAACAUGCAUGAUGAGACACAUUCUAAAGUUUUCAUGUGCAGACGCAGAAAAGACAAGACUAUGCAUUCCUCAAUGAACUCAUCAAGCGUGUUCUUGUAUGUUUUUGUCCCUUCGAGGGGCGCUGAGGCUCUGAGUCACUAUCUGGGAAGGUUUUUCUUUUUUUUACCCCACAUCAUUCCCUGACUCACUCGCAUUUAAAAGAUUGGAGCUACGCUGUUUGAUGUCAACUCGGCAUCUUGUACGUCUUUGAUUGCACCCGUGCCCAAAAAUCCUGAAAGCCACUGCUUUUCUGACCAUAUUUGGACGCAAGGAGGUUUGCUGAAAAGUUAUUUGGGUGCCACACUCAACUCUUGGCUUUCCCUCUUUCCCUCUCUCAAACACACGCACACACAAACAUCCCUGCUGAGGUAAAGCAUCUACAUUUCUUUUCUUAAGAGGUUCACUGAAGAGGAUGAGCCAGAUUAGGCCUUAAAAGAGUCUUUAUCUAAUCUCACACAUACUGUAAUCUGCUCUUUAUCUGAGGAAAUUGGGUCUUGGUAUAAACAAGAGAAGCACACACACACACACACACACACA